AUUGCGUCACUUCCGACCCGGCGUUCUCGGGCUUCGAUGCGUCGUGCCGUUGCGCGCGGUCGUCCGAGUCUCGUGUACCACGGCUAUCGAAUUGUCACGCCGAGAUGAUAGACUUUCGCCUUAACUCGGGGAAGGCCGACGCCGACAGCGGGAAAUACAGCAACACCAACAUCCCAGUCACCUCGCAACAGGGCUUGGCCUCGCUCAGCCCGUAUCUAAAUUUCGACCCGUCGUACCUUCCCGUCACCCAGCCGGAGUUUAUAUUCCCCGAGGGCGCUGUGAAGCAGCGGGGCCGCUUCGAGUUGGCCUUCAGUCAAAUUGGAGCCGCGUGCAUAGCGGGCGCGGGGAUUGGCGGCGCGUCCGGCUUGUACAGAGGCGUCAAGGCGACGUCUAUCGCCGGGGAGACUGGCAAGCUCAGGAGAACCCAAUUAAUUAAUCAUGUCAUGAAGGGUGGCGCGAGUAUGGCGAAUUCGUUCGGUGUGAUGAUGAUAAUGUACACCUGCGCUGGGAUAGGUCUUACUUGGCUCAGAGGAACCGACGACAGCUUGAAUACGGUAGCCGCAGCCGCCACGAGCGCUGCUGUGUUCAGAUCACCUGCCGGGAUCAGGAAGGCUGGUAUUGCGGGCGCUAUUGCAGCGGGAGUUGCGGUGAUGUACUGUGCCUGGAAUAACGGUGGCUUGCCGUUGCACCGUGUGAACAGCUGGAAACAAGCGACGUAAGAAUUGAUAUAACAAAUUGACAUCCAUACCGAUAAAAGAUCUCCGAUGCGUUUUCAUAUCUCUAUGUUACCUUGUAUAUAGAAAAACUUACCGUACGACUCAAAUAAAUUAUUGAAUGUUA